GAGUGUGUGAGUGUGUAUGUGUGUGUCCGCUGCCACACGCGUCAGCCGGCUUGCCAAUCCGCUGCGGGCAACACAGGUUCAUGGAACAAGGGUGGGACGGCGUCUGUGAAUUAAAACAACACGACUAGCUGUACUUUUUUUCCGCACUUGGUGUUUUUUAAGCUCCCGGUCGUAACUAACUGUGCACUUAAAUCCGCGAGUAGUGAAGAUGUCUGUGGUCGGGUUUGACGUCGGGUUUUUGAACUGCUAUGUAGCGGUAGCCAGAGCCGGAGGGAUUGAAACUGUCGCAAAUGAAUAUAGCGACCGAUGUACACCAGCAUGUGUUUCUUUUGGACCCCGGAAUCGAUCAAUCGGUGCUGCUGCAAAAAGCCAGGUCGUCACAAACUGCAAAAACACAGUCCAAGGGUUCAAGAGAUUUCAUGGAAGGGCGUUCUCAGAUCCAUUUGUCCAACACCUUAAAUCCAGCUUGGUUUAUGAUCUUGCACAAAUGCCUACAGGGACAAUAGGCAUCAAGGUUAUGUACAUGGAGGAGGAGAAGGUGUUCAGCAUUGAGCAGGUCACCGCCAUGCUGCUGACCAAGCUGAAGGAGACAGCAGAAGGCGCACUGAAGAAGCCUGUGGCCGACUGUGUGGUGUCUGUUCCCUGCUACUACUCUGAUGCUGAGAGGAGAUCAGUAGUGGAUGCAGCCCAGAUCGCCGGACUCAACUGCCUGAGGCUCAUGAAUGAGACGACUGCAGUGGCGUUGGCAUAUGGAAUUUACAAACAGGACCUUCCUCCCCCCGAGGAGAAGGCCAGGAAUGUGGUGUUUGUCGACUUGGGCCAUUCUGGAUACCAGACCUCAGUGUGUGCCUUCAAUAAGGGCAAGCUCAAGGUCCUUGCUACAGCCUGCGACCCAGAGCUUGGAGGGAAGGACUUUGACGAGGCGCUGGUCAGGCAUUUCUGCGAGGAGUUUUCCAAGAAGUACAAGCUUGAUGUCAAGUCCAAGCCCAGGGCUCUGGUACGGCUCUACCAGGAGUGUGAAAAAUUGAAAAAACUGAUGAGUGCCAACUCCUCUGACCUGCCGCUUAACAUCGAGUGCUUCAUGAACGACAUUGAUGUGUCUGGAAAACUUAACAGGGCUGACUUUGAAGAGAUGUGUGCUGAUGUUUUGGCCAGAGUGGAGGCUCCCUUGCAGAGUCUGAUGGAAAAUACCAAACUCAAGAAGGAGGACAUCUAUGCAGUAGAGAUAGUGGGUGGUGCCUCCAGGAUCCCGGCCGUUAAGGAGAGAAUCAGCAAAUUCUUUGGGAAGGAGCUGAGCACCACCCUGAAUGCCGAUGAGGCUGUAGCCAGAGGAUGUGCUCUGCAGUGUGCCAUACUGUCACCUGCCUUCAAAGUUCGUGAAUUCUCCAUCACAGACGUAGUUCCCUACCCAAUUUCUUUGAAGUGGAAUUCUGCUGCAGAAGAAGGUUUGAGUGAUUGUGAGGUGUUUCCAAAGAAUCACGCAGCACCGUUUUCCAAAGUGCUGACCUUCUACCGAAAAGAACCCUUCUCUCUGGAGGCCUACUACAACUGCCCCAAAGAGCUGCCCUACCCCGACCCCACCAUUGGCCAAUUUCUGAUCCAAAAGGUUGUCCCACAGGCAUCUGGGGAGAGCUCCAAGGUCAAGGUGAAAGUACGUGUGAACAUCCACGGCAUCUUCAGUGUGUCCAGUGCCUCCCUUGUGGAAGUGCAGAAGUCCGACGAAACGGAGGAACCCAUGGAAACAGAACAGACAAAUGACAAAGAUGGGGAGAGCAAAAUGCAGACUGAUCAGGAUGAGCAGAAGGGCCAGGUAGAUGGGCAGAAGGAAACAGAAGAGAAGACAUCACCUGAGAAUGAAGAGAUGGAAACUUCCACAGAGGGUAAAGCUGAGAAGAAGUCUGACCAGCCUCCACAAGCCAAAAAGCCCAAAGUGAAAACAAAAGUGCUGGAGCUUCCAAUCGAAAACAGUCCACAGUGGCAACUAGCAGAUGAUAUGCUUAAUCUUUUUGUAGAAAAUGAGGGCAAGAUGAUCAUGCAGGACAAGCUGGAGAAAGAGAGGAAUGAUGCCAAGAAUAAUGUAGAAGAGUACGUUUAUGACAUGAGGGACAAACUACAUGGGAUGCUGGAGAGAUUCGUCAGUGAAUCUGACCGAGAUGCUCUAUCAUUAAAACUGGAGGAUACUGAAAACUGGCUGUAUGAAGACGGAGAGGACCAACCCAAACAGGUGUACAUUGACAAACUGGCAGAGAUUAAGAAAUUUGGCCAGCCCAUCCAGGAGAGGUAUAUGGAAGCUGAAGAGAGACCUAAAGCGUUCGAGGAGAUGGGAAAACAAAUCCAGCAGUACAUGAAAGUUGUCGAAGCAUUCAAAACAAAGGAGGAACAGUACGAUCACCUGGAUGAAGCAGAUGUCAACAAAGUGGACAAGCUGGCCAGUGAGACCAUGAUCUGGAUGAACAGUGCCAUGAACCAGCAAAGCAAACAGAGUCUGACAGUGGAUCCCUCUGUCAAAGUCAAAGAUAUUCGGGCAAAAACAAGGGAGCUGUACACUGCUUGUAACCACAUUGUGACCAAGCCCAAGCCCAAGGUGGAGCUUCCCAAGGAUGACAAGCCUGCAGAGCAGAACGGGCCCGUCAACGGACAGGAGCCAGCCCAGGACGACACUGCAGAUAAAGGAUCAGCUGAGAACCCGGGAAACCCCUCCUCAGAAGUCACAGACAACAAGCCUGACAUGGACCUUGAUUAAAGCAGGAACCCACAACUCCACCCUCAAGACCCCCCCACGGCUGUGCCUCAGUCUGAACCAAGUGCACCCUUCUUCACCUCAGUGUCAUCAACUUCCCCUUGCAGAUGACAUGAUGGAGAGAGAGAGCAGUUAUAGCUUUUUUUUCUUUCUUUCUUUUUUUUUUUUUUUUAGGAAACACCUGUCAUAUUAGACAGCCAAAAAGCGAUACUGCUGCCUCCUCCUGGAGGUUCAAGAGUUCUCCUGUGGAAUCAGAUAACACAGAUGAACGGGAGCUGUUUGUUUUCAGAUUGAGAUGCAGCCUGGGUGCAUCCGAGCUGGUGAAGUGUCUCAAGAACUCACUCCACGGUCAAAAGCAGGCAGGAUGUUCAGCACACUGAUCCCAGCUCCCAGUGGAGUCUUUACGAUGCCAUAGCAUGCCCUUUGUUUCUUGCUGAAAUAAAAUCAAAUGGAAAGCCAACUGCAAUAAGCCUGUUGUUUGACAAUGAGCGCUGUACACAUGAUGGUAUUUAUUUCUGUUGUGUGCCCUUUAAGUGUUCUGGUCUGUGUCAAGAUAUGGUUUUAAUAAAGUUGUUGAAAAUCA